AUGUUACGAAGGUUUAUUUUGCUAAAGAUUUGUUUGUUGUUACUGUGUUGCAGCAAAAUCACUGAGAAUGCAAAGAAAUCCUUGGCCUCUCUUAGAAGAGAAAACCCUCAGCUUGCACCAACACUUGCCAUUAUUCAGGCACAUAAUGAUCAAUUGAUUCAAGAAAUAAACAAGAACUUUGCCAAAGAGGUUGGUCUACGUGUUGUUCACAUCUGUCUCCCUGAAGGCAGCAGCAAGGAUGAGAUUGUCAAUGAAGUCUUGAGACUUAAUGAGGAUCCUAACGUGCACGGCCUUGCCUUUGACCUCCCAGAAAGCUUAUAUAGCAGUAAGGUAUUAAAUGCUGUGAAACCAGAGAAGGAUGUGGAUGGAUUAUCCGAUGUAAAUCUAGGACGCUUGGUACGUGGCGAUGCCAAUGACUGUCUAGUUCCUCCUACAGCGUAUGCAGUCGUGGAGCUUCUUGAAGAUUUAGGUGGAAAGACCGUGCUGCUGGUGGGAGCUGGCGGGGCAGUGGAGGCGGCCUUGCAGUGCAUGCUGCAGAGGAAGGGAGCAGCCACCCUCAGCUGCUGCUGGAAAGACCCUCAGCUGCGGAACAAGCUUCGUCACGUGGAUGUGGUGGUAGCUUGCAGUAGAAAACCUGAUGAUGUUCCCAUGACCUGGAUAAAGCCUGGAACCACCAUUAUCAGUUGUUCUCCUGACUUACUGUCAGAGGAGCACAACUACGGUCAGCAAAACAACCAGGCUGCUGAAAACACGGUUGGGUAUCUUGCAAUAGCAUUGCGAAUGCAGAACAUGGUAAAAAACACAGAGCGGUGGAUCCAGUCCCAGCAGUACAGGAAGUGGGACCUUCGCUGCUUGAAACUGCAGCCCCUCUCCCCAGUGCCCAGUGAUAUUGAGAUUUCCCGAGCACAGAGCCCAAAAGCUGUUGAUGUACUUGCCAAGGAGAUAGGAUUGCUUACAGAUGAAGUUGAGAUCUAUGGCCAAACCAAAGCCAAAGUACGUUUGUCCCUGCUGGAAAGGUUAAAGAAUCAACCAGAUGGAAAAUAUGUUCUAGUUGCUGGAAUAACCCCUACGCCUCUGGGAGAGGGGAAAAGCACAGUCACAGUUGGUCUCGUUCAGGCACUUACUGCACACCUUAACAUUAAUUCCUUUGCUUGUCUGAGACAACCUUCCCAAGGACCUACUUUUGGAGUUAAAGGUGGAGCAGCCGGUGGUGGAUACGCUCAGGUGAUUCCUAUGGAAGAGUUCAAUCUUCACUUGACUGGAGACAUUCACGCUAUAACUGCUGCAAAUAAUUUGCUGGCUGCUGCUAUUGAUGCUAGGAUCUUGCAUGAAAACACUCAGUCUGAUAAGGCCUUGUAUAAUAGACUGGUUCCAGUAGUUAAUGGCUUGAGAGGAUUUUCUGCUAUUCAGCUUGCGCGUCUGAGAAGGCUGGGAAUAAACAAGACUGAUCCUGGGACUUUAACAGAAGAGGAGAUCAGCAAAUUUGUGCGCCUUGAUAUUGACCCAUCUACCAUAACAUGGCGAAGAGUUGUGGAUACAAAUGACAGAUUCCUGCGCAAAAUAACAAUUGGGCAGGCAAAUACAGAGAGAGGAUUUGUCCGUCAGGCUCAGUUUGACAUUGCUGUUGCAAGUGAAAUUAUGGCCAUCCUGGCACUUACCACCAGCCUGCAAGAUAUGAAGGAGAGGCUAGGGAAAAUGGUGGUGGCUAAUGACAAGAAAGGAGAACCUGUAACAGCAGAGGAUUUGGGAGUAACAGGGGCUUUGGCAGUUUUGAUGAAAGAUGCAAUUAAGCCUACACUAAUGCAGACAUUAGAGGGAACACCAGUGUUUGUUCAUGCUGGACCUUUUGCUAACAUUGCACAUGGAAAUUCUUCUGUUUUGGCAGAUAAAAUCGCCCUUAAAUUAGUUGGAGAGAAAGGAUUUGUAGUGACUGAAGCUGGCUUUGGUGCUGACAUUGGGAUGGAGAAAUUCUUCAACAUCAAAUGCAGAGCCUCUAGCUUGGUUCCCAGUGUGGUUGUACUUGUUGCUACAGUGAGGGCUUUGAAGAUGCAUGGAGGUGGGCCAAAUGUAACUGCUGGUGCCCCCUUGAAGAAGGAAUACACAGAAGAGAACCUCCAGCUGGUAGCUGAUGGCUGCUGUAAUCUACAGAAACAGAUUCAAAUUACUCAGCUCUUUGGAGUUCCUGUUGUCGUUGCUCUAAAUGUCUUCAAAACUGACUCUCCUGCUGAGGUUGAUCUAGUGUGUGAGAUUGCAAAGCAAUCUGGAGCAGUUGAUGCUGUACCAUGCAACCACUGGUCGGCUGGUGGUAGAGGAGCAGUAAAAUUAGCUCAAGCUGUGGAAAAGGCAGCCAAUCAGAAAAACAGUUUCAAAUAUCUCUACAACUUGGAGCUUCCUAUUGUUGAAAAAAUAAGAAUCAUUGCUCAGAAGGUGUAUGGAGCUCAGGAUAUAGAGUUGUCUCCCACUGCACAGUCACAAAUUGAUUGUUACACCCAGCAGGGAUUUGGAAAUCUUCCCAUUUGUAUGGCAAAAACUCACCUAUCCCUCUCCCAUCAGCCUGAGAGGAAGGGCGUUCCCACCGGUUUCAUUCUGCCGAUUAGCGACGUGCGAGCCAGUAUUGGAGCUGGAUUCAUCUACCCUUUGGUAGGAACGAUGAGCACCAUGCCAGGACUGCCCACGAGGCCUUGCUUUUAUGACAUUGACCUUGACCCCAUCACAGAAGAAGUUAAAGGAUUGUUUUGAGAGUCAUGUCCAAAUUCAGAAGCCUGAAAAUUAAGAACUGCAACUGUCCUGUUUCCUGGAAGUAGGAGACAAAAAUGAAUCCAAAAUAUUCCUGUUAUGUGUCUCUGGAGAAAAGUCAAGAUAGACCAAAGAGCAAAAGUUUACUCUUUCUUCAAACUAGUUUUUAUGAUGAAAUAUAGCUGUAAGGAAGAAGAAAAAAGAAAAAAAAAAAAAAGGAAAAAAAAAAAGGAAAGCUAAAGCUUUUCUUGCUGUAGUGCAGAAAGCUCUCUACUAAGUCUUCUUUGUGGAUAAAACAACACUGAAAAAUUUUUCGCCUUGGAGUUUUCGUCUUUUCUCAAAGGAGUUUACAGAGGUACUUCCCUUAUCUUGGCCAUCUAAAAACUUGCGUUAACAUGAUUAUACUGUGUGAUCAAGCCUGUUUCUCUCUGAAGCAUACACUUCUGCUCCUGGCAUUCAGAAGCUGAAACUACACACAGAUUAACUGCACAUUUUUGAGUUAUCAUCAGGCGUUGCUCUGGAUGCAUUUGGGCAACAGCCAAGCUUCAAGCAAGGAAGAUAUUAAGCAGAGAAUGAACAGAACACAUAUUUUGUACAAGGUUUUUAAUAGAUAAUUUGUUUCCUUGUUGGGCAAAGAUCUUUUGAAACACUGAAGCCAUAGCUGUCUGCUAUCCAUAGGUCUCUGUUUAUCCAAAGUGUAUGUUACAGGCUGUGAUUUUGUAUUUGUUGAGGUGAAGCUGGUUGUUCAGUGAAGGCACUGCUCCUUCUGAAGCCCUGUUUUGCUCCUGUUCAUGGCUAAUGAAGCCUCCUGCUGUGCUGGCUCCCAACCUGGAGUUUUUCUUGUCCUGUCCCUGGCAGUACACAACAUUCACCACCACCAACCGGGAAAUGUCCACCAAGCAAAGAUGCGACAUGGCAGAGCUUUGCUCUGCUUCUUUUUGCAGUUUUUAACUUGUAAAACAGCAGUGUGUUUUCUAUUUGAAGGAGGUACUCAAACAUGUUAAGCCAUGUGCUUUAAUUUACCCUCAGUACUUUACCUUGUCCAUUUUUUCCUAAAUCUGCAGCAAAACAAGCCUCAGGCACAGGAUACCGCAUUUGGCUUUUUAGGCUGCUUCUCCUCAGGAAGCUGUCGCUGACUGACUGUUGGUUCCUUCAAUAACAAAAAAUGCAACAGAACAAUAGGUUGAAUCUAAACAAUAGGCCAUUGUUUUUUUUAGGUAAAAAGCAGUGAAAUAAUGAUGAGAGAGUUUAUUUUCCUGGUGACGUUUUCCAUCCUGUCGCUUUGCUCUGCUUACGCACAUCUGUAUGUUAUGGGCUUCUGCAAUGUAGUUUUGGUUCCCUUCUAUGCAGCCACAUUUGGAGACUUAAUUAUCUCAGGAACUGUGUUGUAAUUGAGGGGUUUGCUUUGUUUUUUAAAAUCAUACUUUGUUAUUUAUAAACUCAAAACUACAAUUAUGGACAGAAGAGCGAACUGGGGACAAUUAAAAUAAUUAUCUGUGCCUUCCUUAGAGUAGCACAGAAAUGUCGGUUGGCUGCAUUUUAGAACUGUUCUAUUCAUAGUGUGGUCCCUCAGUGCUGGGGGGGUGCUGUGAAGAUAAAUGUAAAAAAACCUAAAAAAUAAAAAAUCUAGUUGAUAUUUUAGCCUGAUUGGACGAUAGAGCUCAGAAUGGCCUAGACUGGGGGUGCUUUAAUUACACUGGAGGAGGACAAACAUGAUAAGAAGAAAGCACGUUUAAAAUGUGGCUCUCAUCACAGCUACUGGGGAGAGUUUCUGAUAUUUUCUAUUAAAUUAUGCCCCAAAAUACCACCAGUUUAUUCAUAUACAUAACUGUAUUGUAAUUUAGUCCUGCACACACUGAGCAAUCUAGCCUAGAAAAAUCCAAAGAUUACAAAAGAAGUGUACUUUCCAGCCAUAGUUUUCCUAGUAGCAUUCUUUCAAGAAAAAUAAAUGAGGUUUUCCCUUCUUCUUGCCUGGAGAAACUUGUAAAACCACAAUUGUGCCUAACUUGUGGUCACUUCAGUUGUAUUUGACCCACCUCCAUGCAGUGUGGGAUACAAAACAUGGCAUUGGGUGGCUGGCUGUGAAGUUUCCAUAGGGGACAUGUAUGUCUGAGCAACAGGUUUUCCAAGUAAUUUCAAACUCCUACUUGAUGCCCACAUAUUCUAUAUUGUAGUUACCAUAUUGUCCCCUCAGACCACACAUGCUGGGACUGUUUAUCUGACCCAUCAGUCUUUCCCUAAAACUCCAUUCCAGCUCAGUUAGUUGAGAGUUGACAAAACAUCCUGUAUUUUUUUUUUCUACUGUCAUGUGUACAGGAUUUGUUAUAUUGUUUUGAUAGCUUCAAUAAUUCAAGGAAAGCUGGAAUGACCCUCUCUUGUUCUUUUAUAGCUUCCGUCCCCCCUGCCCUCCCAAAUCUGGUUAACUAUCUGCAACCCCCCCAUCUGGUUAACUAUCUGCAAAAUCCCUUGAGCUAUUACAUUUUUUGUUCUUUCAGUUAAUUUUUAGAAGGUGUUAUUGGUAGGUAAGUCCCUUGUUGCUACAGGGAUGUGAUUGCAGGCGAGGGACUCCUGCCUUUGCAUCUGCUCUGGUUCUUGCCAAGGCAGCUUUAUAAGGACAGCUUGUCAUGCUUAUUCCUGCAUUUGCUAAAGCAUGUUAAGAACCACACUGUUGUUUAUUAUCAGAAGAUCUGCUUUUUGUAGUGACUGAAUACUUUGUUAUUGCUACUGCUGAACUACAGAAAACUAGUGACAUUGAAAUAUAUCAGGCUACAGACAAUGGGUUUCUUUGUUUGAACUUUUAAAUGUAAAAUCCCAGAAUUUCAGUUGCCAUUAACAUGAAAAUGAAGUGUAUGUGUGUACUGAUAUUCCAUUUGCAAGAGUGGUGCCUGUCUCAAGUCUGAAUUCAUUAAUAAAGUCCAUUCAUUAUUUAA